AUGAGAAAACUCCUCGGCAAAGUAACUGCCGAAAGCAGCACCGACACCCACUCCAUCGGCAUCACCAGUGCGCCACACUACCAGACCUCGUACCGGCCCAGCGCCUCGCAGAAUGCCGUCUACUCCGCCGGCGCCCCCAUCCUUUGCCUCGACACAUCCCCAGAUCACCAAGCCGCUGUCAUCGCCGGAAGACAUGUCCUUAAGACCAUCGUCUUCGACGAGCUGUCCGUGAGCGAGGGCACCGACCUUCGCUCCGCCAUCACAGCCCAAUCGGCCUCCAGCAAGGGCGCGUCCAGCUCUCUAACGGCAGACCAGCUCUCCAUUCGAGACGUCAAAUGGCACGGCGACUCCACCAUCUUCACGGCUUGCGCCAACGGCAAAAUCUUUUCCUAUGACCUUUCAAGAAUUGCGACAGGCGGCGCUGCGCUCGAGUUCGUACAGACGAGGGAGGAUUCACGCCAGGUCAACAGUCUCGACAUAAAUCCCCAUAGGCAGACAACUUUGCUCUCUGGAAGUCAGGACGGUCUGGUGCGGUAUUUCGACAUUCGCGCACCAGUGCAGAGCAGGUCAGGGGGUCUCACCUACAGCCCUCGAGGAGCAUACAAAUGCAAUGCGGACGGCGUUCGCCAGGUCAAAUGGUCACCCAAAGAUGGCUUCUACUUUGCCUGUGGUACAGAGUCUGGCGUCGUGCUCAAGUGGGAUGUACGCAAGAUUGCUCAGCCGUUGCUCAAGAUAGCUGCGCAUGACAAGGCUUGCGCUUCCAUCUCGUGGCAUCCGGACGGCAACCAUCUGAUAAGCGGUGGCUGGGACAGCAAAUGCUUCGUGUGGGAUAUGUCCAAGAACGCCGACAAGCGGCAGAAACCUCGAUGGGUCAUCUAUACACCAGCCCCUGUGUCUGCGGUGGCUUGGCGGCCUGGUCUCUGGUCUGCAAGCGCCCAGGGAAAACGUGCCGCCCAGGUUGCUGUUUCCUACGACGACGGCAGCCAUAAGCGGUACGGCAUCAAUGCUGUGCAUAUUUGGGACUUGGCUAGACCCUCCAUGCCAUAUAAGGAAAUCGAGCGCUUCGAAAUCUCACCCUCGGGUCUGUUGUGGCAGAAUCAGGACCUUCUCUGGACUGUCAGCCACGACGGCUUUUUCAACCAAUGCGAUGUCGCCUUCGCCCCGAAAGUCCUUGACAGGCAAUCUGUGUCGACAAUGGCACUCUCUGCAAGAGGUGAUGCCGUCAUGUUCCUCGACGAGCGAUUGCACGACCGCCCACGACCUUCCAUCGUUCAUCAUCAGCCGAGUGUUGCACCCCCUCGGACAUCCUAUAGCUCAAGCCCAACGACACCAAUGUUGAGCAUCAGCCGCAGCGACUCUGAAGAAGAUGUCGUAGGUAGCUUCCUAGGUCCUCGUCGAAGAGUGAGUAGGAAACGGAGGCAUAGUCUGCGCUCUAUUCCUAUCCUCAGCACCACUCCCCCUUCUUCAGGCCCAGGUCUCGGCGACGAUCUCGUCUUGGGUCUCGAGCAAGCCAUCAAAGUCACUGGCACCUACAAGACCCAGCAGUCUAUGGCCGUCGGGCACGUACCUGCGGCCGCGAGAGCUGACAUUUACCAAUAUCUGUCUAGCUAUUACCUCGAGACGCUGGACAGAGAACUGCCGUUCGUUGAGGGUGGAAAGCCUCUGGCUCAUAGAAUUGCCGGAAUCAUGGAAAACUACGCGCGCGCUGCCGAGCACGUUAAUUUGUUUCGUCUAGCACAAACAUGGCGAAUCCUGGCGUACUCGAUGAACCUGCUGUUGUACAGGAGAGCGCAAUUUCACCUCGAGACUCGACUCGGACGGUUUCAGAAGCGGCCGUCCAUCUCCAAAGCCAAAGACAUUCCCAAGCUGAGGGUACCGAGGGCAUUGGAUGUUGUUGUAGAAGUGAAUGGGGAGGAAACUCCCAGAAGACCGUCAGCUCUCCUAUCGAACGGCGUAGACAGCAAGUCUCUGGGGCCGCGGUCCUUGCUCUCCGAAGAGAUCGAAAGUACAUCCAACGUUGCGACCCCAAUUGCUCGGGCCAUCAACGAGGAACACGCGGCCCAGUUUGAUUACCCAUCGGAGGCUCAGUUGCCACCGGUCAAGGAGUUGGAUAGCUUUGCUUUGCCCCCCGCUGCCCACAGUACGUUUAACGUUAGUCCAAGGAGGCGACUGGACUCGGUUCCUUUGUCUACCACAAGUCAUGAAAGCGAUCAGUCGCAGACCUCCAUCACAGAGGGAUACGACUUCUAUGAUACUGACGCCCUGUCUCAAGCCAUAGAUGUGCCCGAGCCAAAGAAAAAGGAGCAGAAGCCCCUGGACUAUGGCCCCCGCACGCCGAAUAGCCGACGCCCAUUGCGACAUGACUCUGAUGGCUUUUCCCAAAUGUUCUCCAUGUCGGAGAGCAGCCGGCAAACUUCAGGGCUGGCAUCAUCCUCUGAAGGUGGGACGUCAGUGUCGGCACAAUCCAUCACAAGCUAUCCUGCACAACUCGCACAUCAAAGUAAUGCUAAAGAACAGGGUGAAUAUGAGAGCCGCAUCCGUGGCAGAGAAAUCGAAGAUUCUCCCGAACAUGGCGCCCUGACAUCACUCCAUGGUCCUGGCGAGAGCGGGCCGGAGGAUUCUCCUGAAGAAAUAUUCAUGAUUUCUCAGACGACCAUGGCUUCUGAUACAGCCACGGAUGAACCGUCGGCACAUUCACAGCUGGGAUCUCUACCUGCAACCUACGAAGAUCACGCACCUCUUCAUGUCGGUGUUGCCUCGUCGAGUCCUCCAAGGAUCUCUCCAGCCCUUCAACAUGACUCAACGCCAAGCAUUCUCGAAUCCGACUACCUUCCAUGGCCAGAAGAUCCACCUUACCCAUAUCCUCUAGCAUCGAAUCCAGAGGCAGACUGUUCUCCGCCUCUCAACCCUGAUACCCUCCUCGCUCGCGCCCUGGAUUUUGAAACGCGGACAUCGGCACUCAACGCCUCCGCCAUGGUACUGCUUCUCAAGCCUCUCGUGUCUGAAUCCGUCAUCGACCCCCUUCGCGCAUCCUCUAUCCUCCGCCAACACCACUCGCGCCUCACAGGAAUGAAGCUCUUCAUCGAAGCCGCCCUCCUCCGCAAGCUCUGCAUCAAGGGCUGGCCGGAGGGCAUCCCCGACUGGGGCGACAACUACACCUCCAUCUUCGGCCGUGCUCAACAAGGCGUCAAGGGCGGCUUCAUCUGCCCCAGCUGCCGAAAGCCCCGCGAGCUAGACCCGUCCCUCGGCUCCAGGGCCCUCUGGAAAUGCGAGCGCUGCCGCACGACAAUGGCCCCUUGCGCCGUAUGCGGCCACCGCGAGACCACGGCCACGAUGCUCUCCCUCGCCGAUGGCGUUGCUGGCGCCAGUACCCAGGCGUCCUCGGACCCGGUCAUGAGUAUAUGGUGGUAUUGUCCCGGCUGUGCUCACGGUGGCCACGCGACCUGUCUCCAAGGCUGGCACGCGCUCUCGGAUGACGGCAGCUACGAGCUCAGCGACGGGUGCUGUCCCCUCGACGGAUGCGGACACGCGUGUCUUCCGGGCAAAUGGCGGGACGAGAAGUCGACGACGCGGUCAGACGAACUGGGUCGCGCGGCUGUUGAAAAGGUACGCAUUAGCGCCGGUGGUAUCGGCGGCGUCGGUGGCGGGGGAAAGGCCGAGGGCGGACGAAGCCCCGUGAUCCCGCCCAAUGUCCGCGGGGACAGCGUCGAAGUUCCGCAGAGCCGUGCGGUGGAGAGCGUCCGCGAGGCGUUGGCGAAUGGGACCCCUACGUCGGGGAUACUGAGUUCGAGCCCGGGGAGCAGGUCCGGACCAGGGGAGCGCGAGAGGAGGAAGAGCGUCAAGUUUGUGCCGACGGAGCGCUAG